UAUAAAUGUCCAGUGCUGGAGCUCCAGCAGAAGACAAGCAGGAUCUGUCCUCUCCUGUGAUCAGACCAGCAGAGUCUGCAGAUGACACAGCACCCAGUGCCUGGCAGAACCCUGCACACCCUACGCACUGAGCCUACUACAGCCUGACAGCACCCACUGCAAACUGCAUCCAGGACCUGACGGCACCCACUGCAAACUGCACCUAGGACCUGGCGGCACCCACUGCAAACUGUAUACGGGACGUGUCGGCACCCACUGCAAACUGCACAUAGGACCUGACAGCACCCACUGCAAACUGCACCUAGAACCUGGCGGCACCCACUGCAAACUGUAUACGGGACGUGUCGGCACCCACUGCAAACUGUACCUAGGACCUGACAGCACCCACUGCAAACUGCACCUAGAACCUGGCGGCACCCACUGCAAACUGUAUACAGGACGUGUAGGCACCCACUGCAAACUGCACCCAGGACCUGGCAGCACCCACUGCAAACUGUACCCAAGAACUGGCAGCAGCCAUCGCAAACUGCACCCAGGUUCUAGAAGCACCCAAUGCAAACCGUACCCAAGACCUGACAGCACCAGGCAAGCCCAGGGCGCUAAAUCUUUUAUAGCUUUAUAGUAUAUGUAUAUAACCUAUACCCAAGGCUUGGAAACACUCCACUAGCUCCAAGAAUUGACGUUCCUACAGGUUGACAUCGUCUAGGCAACCCUGCUACAGCCUAAAAGACCCUGCACCCAGCUCCCUCUGAGCAGAGCAUCUCCUACAGCUUGCCUGCUGAACCUGCAUCCAGAUCCUCCAGAGAACCCGGGACCUGGUAGCACCCACUUCUUCCUACAGCACCCACCUUAUUCCGGACACAAGAUUCCCCACACUUUGGAUCCUUGAAAGUUUAUGGCUGCAAUGAACUUUGUUCUUAACCCUUGCAGCUCUCUCCACACUGACCAAGGGCAGGACUGCACAGGUGAGGCCAGGUAAGAGGGUGGACUGUGUUACUCAGCAAAUAAAGAAGGGCAGGGGAGCAGCAGGGAGAGCCUUGUAUGACUGGUCUGGGCAUCACAUCUGUAAGGAGUAUUGGCAUCAGGCACCAGGAUCCUGGAGCAGGAGGGCAUGGAGGCUAUAGAGAACCCCUAAGUGGAGCUCCUCACCCUGGCAUGGGUUAAAGUCACACACCCAGAAGUCUGCUGAACCCAGUGAAGAUCAAUUCAAUAUUUCAUGAUUAAUUUUGAGAACUCGGUAGCUGAUAGGGGGGGCAUCUCUGCUAUGGAGUGCCUGGGAGACUGCUCCAACAGCACCAUGCAGAAUGAGACUGAUACAGACAUUGCUGGACCCCCUUACUCCCUCCAGGUCACCCUGGCUCUCAUCUCCCUGGUGGGCAUACUCAUGCUCUUCACUGUGUUUGGCAAUGUCCUGGUUGUCAUUGCUGUGUUCACUAGUAGAGCCCUCAAAGCACCCCAGAACUUGUUCCUGGUGUCCCUGGCAUCAGCUGACAUUCUUGUGGCUACCUUAGUCAUGCCAUUUUCCUUGGCCAACGAGGUGAUGGGCUACUGGUACUUUGGCAAGGUUUGGUGCGAGAUCUACCUUGCAUUAGAUGUCCUCUUCUGUACAUCAUCUAUAGUCCAUCUAUGUGCCAUCAGCCUGGACCGGUACUGGUCCAUCACACAAGCCAUUGAGUACAACCUGAAGAGAACCCCUCGUAGAAUCAAAUGUAUUAUCUUCAUCGUUUGGGUGAUCUCAGCUGUUAUAUCAUUCCCUCCACUCAUUACCAUUGAGAAAGAGAGUGGCAAGAUUGAGGAGCCCAAGUGUAAGAUCAAUGAAGAGAAAUGGUACAUCAUUUCUUCCUGCAUCGGAUCCUUCUUCGCCCCUUGUGUCAUUAUGAUCCUAGUCUACAUCAGGAUCUACCAGAUCGCCAAGAAGAGGACGAGGAUCCCCCCCAGCAAAAGAAACAAUGGUGAACCUGAGAAGAAGCAGAAUGGCUUUUCAGACAAGGACUUGCCUGUCAAGUUGAAUGGGGAGAAUGCUGGAGGCUCUGGAGAUGACCAGCACAGAGAAGCAGAGGCCAAUGGAGUUGACAUGGAGGACUCAUCAUCCUCAGAGCGUGGGGAAGAACACCAGUAUUCCACCAAGAAGAAGCAAGACAGGGCUCUGAGGAGCAAGGGCAAGACCAAGUUGAGCCAGAUCAAACCAGGGGAUAGCCUUCCAAGGAGAGAGGAGGAUAGUAGUGCCAAAGCCUCCCGGUGGAGAGGGAGGCAGAACAGGGAGAAGAGGUUCACCUUUGUCUUGGCUGUGGUCAUUGGGGUCUUUGUCGUGUGCUGGUUCCCCUUUUUCUUCACCUACUCCCUCAUUGCCAUCUGUAGCAAAAGCUGCAAUGUCCCUGACACUCUCUUCAAAUUUUUCUUCUGGUUUGGUUAUUGCAACAGUUCCCUGAACCCUGUCAUCUACACCAUCUUCAACCAUGACUUCAGGAGAGCCUUCAAGAAGAUCCUGUGUAAGGGGGACAGGAAAAGAAUUGUGUGAGACCCCUUGACCCUUCCCCUUCUUUGCAGUCUUUUUGUAUGG